AUGGCAUGUCCGCAUCUAUACCAAGGAAAAACCAUAUACGUGUCCUGUGUGCAGGAAACCCUUUACAAGGGCAAACCUGCUCAAACGGCAUGCGUGCUGCCAUGCCUGUGCCAGCGGUAUUUCGCCUACCGCCGCUCGUUCUGGCCUCGACAAGCCAUCGCGCGUCUCGCAGGCUUGUGCUGUUUGUGCGGCGUUAAAGCUCAAGUGCAGAGAACAGAAACCGUGUCUACGCUGUGUCCAGCGCGGGGUGGUCUGUGUUUCGAUGGCCUUGACCUUAAACGGACGGCUUCGCAAACAUCUGGUGGAUUUCAAUCCCCGAGUCUGACAACACCAGAACAGGACCAGGACCAGACUGUCGACUUGACUGCAAAUGAGUUAAGUCCCAACGAUACUUCCUCAGUGUUUGAAUCUCCUCGAUCUUCAAAGACACCGGUUGUUGAGCAUCCUCAUUUUAAGUCAGCGAUUCAGUUGGAACAGGGCUAUAGCUCCCCGCAGGUGAAUAUGAAUAUGGAAUAUAACACUGCUCUAUCUACUCUAUCCUCAUCGCUACUUGCAGGCUCCAGUCAUAUGCCAUCAGAUCUCGUACAGGAGCAUCACACUGUCCCCGUCUUCCCCGCAGCAUCUGGUCCGGCAAACUCUUAUACAGACUUGCUUGAAGGCCUGCUUUUCGUCCCCGGCUCCGAGGAGGCAGUGGCGAUGCCCUUCUGGAGCGGCUCUCAAACCCCAUUGAAUAUGUGGGUGAAAUUAUGGAUUAUGCUGUUUAAAUACUCAACGGAGCUACAUAAGCCCAUGGCACGAUGACUCCAUUUGUUGAAAAUUUGACACAGCUGCUGAGCGAGAUUGGCCGCAGUGCUCGCGCAAUUGGUUAUGGCUAGAGCCUCGGAGUACCAACAGUUAAAUUGCAUGGGUUAUACCAUGCCUAGUGAGUGCGAUAGACUGCAUCUGCAAGGGUAGAAAUACAAGGUAUAUCGUGGCAUAUGGCAUAGAUAUCUAAUAAGUAUGCG